AUGGAGCGGAAGCUUUUACACGGUCUCUCAAGAGGCCGCGGCCUGAUAUUCAGACAGCAGAAAGAUGGAGCGGCUGAGACAAUCUCUGAGCAGAAAACGAAAAAGCAGAGGAAGGACAUGAAACAAUGCUCUGACCCGCGCGUCUCAGACAAGGAGACCUACCCGACGACGGCGCGCACCCGUCCGCCGUCCACCAAGAUCUCCAAGUCGGUGGUGUCUCUGCUGCUGCGGUUCGGCUGGGACCGCAUCGUCAUGGUGCGCUCCACGAAGAAGGAGUGGAGCAUGAUCGCCGACGCGAUCAGGGAUCUGGCACUAGCCCACGGAGUGGACGUUCAUAAGUCUCACAACAUCGGAAACUACCUCUCCUUCUCACACAAGGACACGCUGAAUGAAAUCGCUCGGACCCGGGAGAGCACUCGAGUGUACGUUUUCGUUGGCGAACAUAUUCUCCUGGUGGACUUUGUGGAACAUAUGUACGUCUCCGGCUACUUGUCCACUGGAAAAUACGCCAUCAUAGCAGUGGAUGAGGAAAUCUACGUACCUGAUGUCAACCCUGAGUGGUACAUGGUAAAAGGCUAUGCCAACCCGCUGAGAGACAAUCGGACAUUGGACAAAGAGGCGCUGAAAAAUAUCUACGAGCCUUGGAGAAGUGUGCUCAAACUAACUCCAAGCCAUCCCACCAGAGCAGACUACAAAGAAAUCAUGAACAAAAUAAAGAAUGCGUCACGGGAGGACCCAUUCAACGUUCCAAUUCACCCGACCAUUCUGAAAUCAAUGAAGGUACCUGUAUCGGCCGCGCAUGCCUACGACGCUGUCCUCAUGUACGCCCGAGCUGUCACUGAAGUGCUCGCCGCCAAAGACGACCCCACCAACGGCACGGCGGUGCUGCAGAGGAUACGCGGCCACAACUUCAUGUCGCUACGCGGAUACACGGUUCAUGUGGAUGAAAACGGCGACGCCGAGGGAAACUACUCGGUGGUGUCGCUGCUGCCAGAUGAAUCUGGUAACAGCACCCUGCCCUACCGGAUGUUGCCAGUUGGCUAUUUUUCUACCAAGGACGGUCAGAACACGUCUUCCGGGCCGGCCAGCGAUCUUCCGGAGUUCCGCUACCUGAACCCCAGUCAGGGCAUCCAGUGGGUGCUGGGCCACCCUCCCGAGGCGCACCCACCGUGCGGCUUCGACGGCAAGCGGUGCUCCAUCGACCCGGACCCCAUGACCAUAGUCCUGCUGACUCUGGCCGUGUGCGUCGUCCUGGUGGCAGCCAUCUUCGCCUUCAGGCACUACCGUCACGAACUGAAGCUGGCGUGUCUUCUGUGGAAAAUCGAUCUGAGAAGCGUGCAGCUGCUGGAAGCUAACAGCAAUGACAACUUCGGAGGACAGCAAUUCAAGCCGGCGACAGGGUGCAUUCACCAGCGCGCUGGAAAUGAUGCCAGAGAGGAGGCGCGCUCAGGAACUGAUGCCACCUAUUGCAGGAUUGGCAUAUACAAGGGAACUAUUGUGGCUGUCAAGUUCAUCAACAAGAAAAGUGUCGAUCUGACCAGGAGCAUUAGGAAAGAGCUCAAGCUGGUAAGUCGC